ACGAGUCGUUCCGGAUGCUCUAGGGCACUUCCCUGGAAUGAGACGAGCGAGGUUCAAAGAGAAUGAAAAAGGUAUCCUGUGUGUAAUCAUGAGCUUGGUGCGUCAAGAAAUGUCCGUGCUUCUACUAACGGUCACAGUAGCAGCUUGCGGCGUUACCGCCUAUGAGCAUUCUGAAAGGGAGUUCAACCUGCUUGACACAGACAGCAUUGAAGUGAAGGAUGUCGUCAAAUUCGCAAUGGAAGCAGCGAAGAAGACAGCUCCUGGGGUUUCCGUUUUGGCGAAGAGAGCGGAGUUGACUUUUCAGAACCUACAGUACCGGCUGUACCUUGAUCUCAGCUACUGCGACGAGACUGGGUCUUGCGAUUUACGCGACUGUUUCGCCCAUGUCAUCCAGCCCACGCAGUAUCCCGAAUGGUUUCUCAAAGAGUUUUCAUGCUUGCGACCCAACACUGCGCAGCAUCAUCCCGCAAGCUUCGCAGCAGACAACGAAUGACCUGAUACAGCCAUACGAAGAUUGCUGUACAACGAGUUUAGUAAAGUGUAUAUGUU